ACAAUUAAAGAGAUAAAAAGUUCCGUUUUCCGUAAAAGAAUAAAUUAUUCACGUCGCUCUUUGCACUUCCUAUAACAAUCGACUUGUGGCCCAGAAAUAGUGAUAUCAAUUGCAGUCACAAAAAAAUUGAGAACUUCAUUUUAACGAGUCAAGAUGAGUUAGAAAAUAGAGGUCACGGCUGCCUCAAAACAUCACGAUUUCGCAUCCACUCCAUAACUAACUCAAUUUUCGACUUGCACUAUUAAAUCAUUCCCAAACUGGUUAUGUAAUUAUAUAGUCUAUGGUAAUGAACGAUGGCUGGCGUAAUUAAAGUUUAAAAGAAGCUAAUUCAGCUGUUCACACCAUCUGAGGUAUUUGGCUUAAGAACGUCAAGAAUCACUAGAUUUGCACCGAGAAGAUUCCUUAUGAAAGCUCCAGAGGAAUUUUGUGAAGAUAUUUCAAAAUAUUAUCCCGAAAAGGAUCAAUUUUCUAGCUGGUAUGUAUUGCUUUGUGUACUCAACGCGAUUUUGACGCUUUCAGCCACAUUUGGGAACAUAAUCAUCAUCUGUGCGCUAACAAAGACUACUUCUGCUUUAUCUACGUCAAAGAUUCUUCUGCUUGGUUUAGCAGUCUCGGAUCUUGGCGUUGGUUUGGUCGUACAGCCGCUGUAUAUAUCUGUAAUCACCGAGAUACUCUUAAAGGACUCUGUUUCGCCGAACGAUUCUGAGUGCAAUACCAAAAUCGCCUUCCUCGUCUUGGGAGCAUUUCUAACUAGUGCCUCAUUUUUCAUUGUGUCGGCGAUCAGUUUUGAUCGCUUCCUCGCUAUCACUCUUCAUUUACGCUACAGAGAAAUCGUAACUGAGAGGAAGGUAACCAUCACCAUUUUUGUCUUGUGGACGCUUAGUGCAGUUGCUCCUGUUGGGUAUUUAUUCAUUGGAGAAAUGAAGCGAGAGAUUGUUUCGAUUGCAUUUACGAUCACCUUCUUUGUUACUACCACUAUAACUUUUGCCAAAAUCUAUCUCGCUGUCCGCCGUCACCGUUCGCAAAUAUCAGCCCAAGAGAGAAUCACAGGCGAAAAUCGCAAAGAACUGGUAUUGAGAAAAAGAAAGUUUAAAUCUGCCAUGAAUAUCUUCUACGUAUAUGCUGUGUUUGCCGCUUGUUUUCUGCCCUACACUUGCACCAAGUUUGCCAUAGCUAUUACAGGACAUAGUCUCGUUUUGAAAGGAGUCUUCCAAUUUUCAAUGACUGUGGGGCUUCUUAAUUCAUCUUUAAAUCCCAUCAUAUUUUCCUGGAGAAUGGAGGAGAUCCGAGGAAACAUACUGGAGACAUUGAUAAGGUCCUUACCUUGUUUGAAGGUAGCUCGAGUCUUUCAAAUGAAUCCCCAAAAAGAGCUUUCCACGGCGUAAUCUGAAGACCCUUCUCCAAAAUAAUGAUUUUACAAGAAAGAAAUAAUUUGCAUCGUCAAUGAGUACACUAUUAGAUGAUGGCUGCAGGUGCUGUG